GCACUGGAACUGCACGAUCGGGCCGACUAAACAAGUCAGACCAAAAGCGCCGUACGUGGUCCAAUCAUGAAGAGGAUGUUCUAAUAGCUUCAAUGAAAGAGCUUGUUGCACAAGGCUGGAAAUCCGACAACGGAUUUCGGGGCGGCUAUUUGAGCAAGUUGGAAGAGAGCAUGAGGAAAGAAUUCCCGUCUAUCGACUUAAAAGGAAUGCCUCACAUCAACUCCAAGGUUACAACGUGGAAGAAAACGUACAAUUCACUAUGGAACAUCGUCAAAGUCAGUGGAGUUGGCUUCAAUGUCAAUGGGAAGCAUAUGAUCGAUUGUGACGACGAACAGUGGCAGCACUUUGUGGCGGCUGAUCCGAAGGUAUUCAACUUCCGUUUUAAAAGCUGGCCCUACCUCGAGGAUUGGAAGAUUAUCUUUGGGAAAGAUAGAGCUACGGGUGAUGAGGCAGAAGAUCUUAUGGAGGCGGCUCACGAUUUGUAUCGGAAGAUAGACCUUGACCAAGUGAAUGAUGAUGGUGAAUACCAUGUCUCACUUGAGGACAUAUUAGAGACUGGUGAAAUUGGAGACAAUGUAAGCCAAACACAACAACGGGAGGAGAGCGUGGCGUCUGAAAAGGCAGCUCCAACAUCAAACAGGAAACAUCGUCGCGAUGCUCAAUUCGAUGAUAGGUUCUUUGCGGCGCUAACUGAUAUUAGCUGGGGAACGGAAAAAAUACUUGAUGCCAUCUCAAGUAGGAUGGGUUACGAUUUUGACAUUUCGAAGGCAAGGAAAGAGGUUCCCGCUCAGUUGAGUUCUAUCACUGGGUUGUCAAUGACCCAGAAGUUCAAGAUAUGCUAUAUGCUAGCUAAGGAGACGAAGCUUCUUGACAUAUUUUCAUGCCUCCCAGCAGAUGAGAAGGAAAAUUACGUGUAUUACUUGCUUGCUUUGAAGCACAAGUAAAUAAUCACGUUGAUUCAUGGUAAGCAACUUCCGUUUUUUGUGCAUGGAAUUCGCAUAUUUCUUUUCCCUAUUGGUUGCAAGAAUUUAGCGGAACUUCGAUUCAAUGUUGGACUUGUUUCUCUUGUUUCUUUUGAAUUUUACUUAUCAUGGAUUUUCGUAAU